UGUAGCAAAUCAGUGUGAAGCUCAGCAGAUAUAGGGGCAAGACAUAAUAAAUACGCUCGGCCCUUGCAAAAGGAGCAGUAGUUGCGCUUCGGUGGUUCGACAGGCAAGAUCUAAAGGAGCAACAACUUUAAAAAACCACAUACACACAUAAUCUUCACACAGUGCAAUCACUUCUAAAGAAAACAACACAGUGCUACUCGUUUGGCGAUCGAGAAUUUCUUAGUGGAUCGUAGUACCUAUAGGACCGCGCGUCACGUGCUACCAUCGGCAAAUUGGUUAAACAUGGUGAAUGAAAAGACGAAGCGUUCCUAUUGCGUGAUUGGGGCCGGUACUGCAGGACUGUGCGCGGCACGGCAUGCCCUGCAGUCGGGCGGAACGGUGACCGUGUUCGAGAUGGACAAGGAACUGGGCGGCACCUGGGUGUUUAAUGAGCAGACCGGCAAGAACGAGUACGGUAUCGAUAUGCACUCGAGCAUGUACAAGGGACUGCGGACCAACCUACCGAAGGAGAUCAUGGGUUAUCCCGAUUUCCCAAUACCGGAGCAGGAAAGCUCUUACAUUCCGGCCGAGGAUAUGCUGCACUUCUUUCAUCUGUUUGCCGAAACGUUCGGCAUCCUGGAGCACAUCCGCUUCAGUCACUAUGUCGUGCGCGUGAAACCGACACUGGACGAGAAGGCUUGGGAGGUGAUUGUGCGCGAUUGUCCCAACGAUAAGCUGGUUACCUACACGUUCGAUUACGUGCUGGUUUGCAAUGGACACUAUCAUACUCCGAAUUUGCCGAAAUAUCAGGGAAUGGACGUGUACGAGGGAACUCAGAUGCACAGCCACGAUUACCGUAGUAAUGAGCGGUUCGAAGGAGAGACGGUGCUCGUCAUUGGUGCAGGUCCAUCGGGAAUGGAUAUGGCAUACGAAAUUUCGAAGCGAGCGAUCCGCGUUACCUUGAGUCACCAUCUGAAGGACAAACCGCAAACCAUUUUCCCGUCCAACGUGACGCUGAAACCGGACGUGGUACGGCUGACGAAAACGGGUGCUAUCUAUGCGGACGGUACCAGCGAGGACUUUAGUACGAUCUGCUACAGCACCGGGUACAAGUAUACUUUCCCGUUUCUAAGCGCUGAUUGUGGCAUUACGGUCGAGGAUAAUCAUGUGCAGCCACUGUACAAGCACUGCAUCAACAUUCGCUAUCCGACGAUGGCCUUUAUCGGGCUACCAUUCUAUGUGUGUGCCGCCCAGAUGAUGGACCUUCAGGCACGGUUCUGUAUCAAGUUCUUCAGCGGUGCCAAGGCACUGCCGACGGAGGAGGACAUGACGGCCGACACGGUGGCCGAUAUGGAGGAGCGCUGGAAGCGAGGACUCAAGAAGCGCCAGGCGCACAUGAUGGGCCCGAUCGAGGAUAACUACUACGAUGAUCUGGCCAAGACGGCCGACAUCGAACCGAUCAAGCCCGUUAUCCACAAGCUGCACAAGCUCAGCGCGAAUCGGUUUUCCGAGGAUCUGGUUAACUUCCGCAAGGACAACUUCCGAAUUGUGGACGACGAAACGUUCGUUAAGGUGAACUGAACCGAUAAAGAACCUGGAGGGGAGGGGAAAUGCACGUGUGACCAAAGGAAGGAGACAGUGGGAAUGUGAUUUAUGUACUGCUAAGUUAUUGGAACGUUACCACUGUGUAUGACAUUAAUGUGUGUAUGUUUAUAUAUAUUCAAUAAAUUUCUUAUAUUUGUAUUACUCAA